UCCAUUUUUAUUUCAUUAAAAAUGUAGUUCAUUCCUUCAAAAGGGGGAGAUGUGGUACAAUAAUAUAAUAGUGAUAUAUGUUAUUUAUUUUCAAGUAUCAUACUGUAUAUUAAUUUGUUAUACAAUGAAUUAUUAUUAUUGUUAAAUAUUUAUGCAAUACUAUUGCACACGUAUGCACGACAAUUAUGUAGAACACUGUUUUUAAAUAACUACUAAUAUACCAGAUAUCAUCGAAGAGAGUAAUAUACAAUGGUGUAAGCGCAUUUGGCAUUCUUAUUUAUAAUUCCUAAAUCGAACCUUCACACAAGGACAAGGACAAUGUUUAGCAAAAACUGGAUUGAUCAGAAUGCGGCAUUAAUGCGAAAGGUCAAUACUUGGACUACUUACGUUAUGCAGACGAGAUAAUCAUAUAGUAAAAGAUCCUAUAAAACUUGAAAACAUGAUAAAUGAACUAAAUGAAGAGGUUCUAGUAAUUAAUUAUUAAAACGAAAGUAAUGCUUAUGUAGAAUGGCAUAAUUUGGGUGUUAAACCAGUAAUUGCAAAUAGUAAAGGAACACAUACAUCUAACUCAACAAAUCGUACUUGCAAAAUAAAAUCAGUGGAGAUACAAGAAAGAAUACAGUAAGCCUGGGCGACGUUUGGAGAACUGAAUGAGUUAUAUUCUCAAAAUUAAAAAAGUAACGUCAAAAAACAAAACAAAAGUAUAUACCGGGUGGUGCGUCGCCGAGCGGAACAUAAGAAAACCCAUGUAAAUUUUAAGGGGCUCAAUUAUUGGCUUCCCUGUACGUUUCAUAGAAAAAAUGUAACAUAACUUUUUGAAGAGACCAAUCUGGCAAACCCUUGUGCAAAGUUUCAAAAAAUUUUAAUAAUCGAAUCUUGAAUUAUUUAAAUUAAUGUAAUUGCAAAAUUAGCAAAUUUUCGGUUCAGGUAAAAGCAAACGGGCACCAGUAAAAUGAAUAUUGUCACUGACGUGAGGAAAAUUGUCAAUAAAUCAGUCGUCGGCUUGCAGCAAAAACUCACUAAGUCAAUAUUUUCAGAUUUUGAGAUUUUGAUAAAUAUCACUAAGUCUAAUGUUGUCCUAUCACUGAACCAAAUAUUAAACGCCUAAAAACUCACUAAGGACCAAAAAUGAAGUCCUUAGAAAUCACACUAAGUCAUUAAGCUUGUUUUGAGUUCAUGCAAAAACUUACUAAGUGACUUAAUGAGUUUUAUAUAAUAAAUGUGGUGCCAUCACUGGGACUUAGUGAGUUUUAAACGUCAAAAUAAAAUUCUGUUUUCUAACCUACAAAUUCUUAGUUUAAUUUAUUAUUUUUGUUGUGGCGGGUAAAGUGUACCGUAGUGUGAAUAUAAUUUGACUUUUCUCAGUGAUUAUUUGUUUAGAAAAUAUACUCAAACCGCACAAAUAAGUUACUCCAACUGGCAUUACGGGGCAAAAACCAAGAAGGUAAUGUACCUACUAAUUUUUUUGCAAUAGUACAAUAUUUCACAAACACACAUUUUGAUAAUAAUUGUUUUAUUUAUUAAGAUAAUGGAUAUCAUAAUAUUAUCACAAAUGAUGAGCCGAGCAUUGGAAAUGAACAUAUUUUAAAUAAUAUUCCAAAUUGAGAUAUAACUGACAGUAGCGCACAAGAGUUAUUUGCAGAUAAUAUUGGUAAAAUUUAGCUUUUAUUUUUAUGUUUAUUUUAGGAAAUCCUUUUAAUUAACAAUGAUUCAUAAAACUAUUUUUUUUUAAAUACUAUUUUCUCUUUAGAAAUAUAUAUUAGGUCUUUACUAUAAUCUUUCUGUAUUUUUAAGAAAAUAUCCCACCAGCGCCAGCGGUCAAUAAUGAAUUCGAAAAUGUAAAUCAAUCAAAUGAACUCGUGCCAUUAUCUGCCAUUGAACUUAUGGACAAAAAUGUUGAAAUCUUUGUACCCGAGGAAUUUGAAGCCUUAAUUAAUAAUGCUGUUUUUGAUGUGUCUGAACUCGAGAAUAAUAAUGAAUUGCAAAAUCAAAAUGACCACACUUCAUUGCCAAACACUUUUGAGCAUGACACUGUUAGAAAUGUUAAAUGUUUAGAACCAAAUACCUUAGCAAUUCCACAACAUGAUCAAAAAGUUACAGAAUACAUUGUAGAUGAAAAUAGCGGAUUUUUGAUCGAAGCUACUACAACAAACAAUCAAAAUCAAAAUAUAGGAAAAAAUCUAUUGAGUCUACCUUAUUCCUCAUCAGACGAAGAAACAGAUGAUUCUUCACUUGAUCUUUUUUCUUUAAGGCAUCGUCUUCUAAGGAAAAGAGCGACAAAAACUUACGAUAAUGAUCGCUGCAAGAAAGUAAUAACAAGAUGGAGGAAAAGUAAUCCAGCUAAAUGGAAUAUAAACGGAUAUAAAAGAAACAUGAGUAAAUGUCUAGAAUACUCAACAACCAAAGGGAGAGUACGACCGGCAAAAACUACUCAGAAUAGCUCCUGUGGGAAUUUAUGUAGAUUCAAGUGCACCACCAUAUUUAAUGAAGACAAUAGAAAACAAAUUUGUAAAGAAUACUGGGGACUUAAAGGUUAUGAGCGCAAAAUGGAUUUUAUUUUAAGAAAUGUUGAUGUAGAGGAGCCUCAAAGUCGAAGACCAAGGAAAGGUCAAAAUAGCAAGAUAAGAUCAAAUGCAAAAAAAUACCAUUUUUAUAAAGGUACUAACAAGAUAAGAAUUUGUCAAUCAUUUUUUAUGAAAAUGCUUAAUAUAAAUAAUGGUCCUAUUUUGACAGCUUUUAAAAAGAGAAAUUCUUUGGGUGUAUUCGAAGGUGAAUAUGGAAGAGGAAAAAAGCUUCUGUUAAUAAAACUUCCGAUUCUGACAUAGAUAUUGUAAAGGCCCACAUUGAGAGUUUUCCAACAAUGGAAAGUCAUUACAAUCGAAAAUCUUCAAAACGACUCUAUUUAGAUCGUAAGCUAUCAAUCUCAAAGAUGUACGACCUAUACCGGGCCUACUGUUUAAAGAAAAAUUUUAAAUCAGUUUCUUCCCAUGCAUAUAGAAAAAUUUUUUGCACAUCUUAUAAUAUUUCUUUUUUUAAGCCAAAAAAAGAUCAGUGCGCAACUUGUAAUUGGUAUCAAAAUUCUAACAUUCAAGACUUCGCUGUAACUUGGAAUAUACAUACCAAAAUCAUAUUACUCGGAAAAACGAAGCAGCCCGAUCAAAAGAAAUUGAUAAAGCUGCUUUGGAAGACAAUUCUGCAUUUAUCAUGGUUACGUUCGAUUUACAAUCUGUGUUACAGAUUCCAUCUUCCGAUGUUUCACCGAUGUAUUACAGGCGAAAAAUUAAUAUGUAUAACUUAACUAUUGAAGCUCCAGAACCACACAGAGCAUGCUGCUUUGCAUGGACUGAACUACAUGGAAAGCGAGGUAGCUGUGAAAUUGGAACAUCACUGUAUAAUUGGUUUAUAGGCUUAAAGCCGGAAGUAAAACACGUAACCUUAUAUUCGGAUACAUGCGGUGGACAAAACCGAAACCAGAAUAUUGCUGCUCUUUUUCUUUAUAUUGUUCAAAUAACUGCGGUUAAUAUCAUAAAGCAUAAAUUCUUAGAAAGUGGCCACAGCUACAUGGAGGUUGAUUCCAUGCACAGUGCCAUUGAAAAAGAGUAAAAAUAUCAACCAGUUUAUGUAGUCCAUGACUGGAUAAGUAUUUUUAAACGAGUUAGAUCUAAACGUAACCGAAAUAAAUUUGGAGAUCCAUUCAUCACCAAAGAGUUUAAGUUUAAUGAAUUUCUUUGUUUACUGGAUUUAUCCAAGACUUUAUUUAGAAAUAAGACAACUGAUUGUAAUAAAGAUAAAGUAAACCGGUUGAAACUAAAGUGCUUCAGAUUUCAGAAAUUACAGCCUGGUAUUCUUGAAUACCGCUAUGAUUAUUUUGGUGAAUAUUAAAGCAUUAAUAUUGAAAGAAAAUCGAGAGACACUCAAAAAAUUUACUAUAGUACCUUAAAAAUAAGCAAGUUGUACAAAACUAUGCUGCCAAUAUCCGUUAAAAAAAAAGAAGACCUUUUAAAGUUAUGCGAAAAAGGAGUGAUACCUAAUGAGUACCAGAGUUGGUAUAAAUCGCUGCCAAUAAGCACAACAUUAAAGGAUGUAAUUCCUGAACUUCUAUGUAACUUCCUAAUAUUCUGACUCGGACGGGGAGACGUUUCAGUUCUUAGUUAUAUUAUGUUUAACAAAAUUUAUUAUUAGGUUUUGUAUUUUCUUUUAAUAAAAAAAGAUA